AAAAAUGAGUAAGACACAUCCACCAGAGCUCAAAAAGUACAUGGACAAGGAGAUGGACUUGAAGCUCAACGGAAACCGUCGCGUCUCUGGAAUCCUCCGCGGUUUCGAUCCAUUCAUGAACAUGGUCAUCGACGAAGCUGUCGAGUACCAAAAGGACGGAGGAUCCGUCAACCUCGGCAUGACUGUCAUUCGCGGAAACUCCGUCGUCAUCAUGGAGCCCAAGGAGAGAAUCUCCUAGAUUUUUCGAUCUCCACAAUUUCCUGUCACUUUCUCAAUGUUUUCAUUUUCAAAUUUUGAUAUUAAAUUUUUGAACCUUUUUUUUGAUAAUUUUUGAUAACUACGUGGUCAAAACCCACUUCUCAUCUCUGAUUCACGUGAAUUUCGUAUAGAUAAGAACUUCGCAAAUAGAAUCAAUUCACAAACAAAUGUACCAAAAGUUAUGUUUUAUUAUUGCAGGCAUAAAAAAAAUCAAUCGUAAA